GCUUCAUGAUUAGUGUGGGGCACCUCCAGCACAACUGUCCUGCUUCCCCUCAGGGAUAUAUUUUUUAGACGAUUUUAGAAUUAACUUUGCCAAUGGCCUUUCUGUGGGAUCCUUUUGGAGCCUAUAUCCCUCGUCCAUCUCCAAGAAAUAAGAUGAGAUUUCGCUUUCUGAAGUCCUACAGUUUUGAUGUAGACAAUGGUACGUCAUCGGGACGGAGUCCCUUGGAUCCCAUGACGAGCCCUGGAUCAGGGCUAAUUCUUCAGGCAAAUUUUGUCCACAGUCAACGUAGGGAGUCUUUCCUUUACCGGUCAGACAGUGACUAUGACCUUUCUCCAAAGUCCAUGUCCAGGAACUCCUCCAUUGCCAGUGAUAUACAUGGAGAUGACUUGAUUGUGACACCAUUUGCUCAGGUGCUGGCCAGCCUGCGUACUGUACGGAAUAACUUUGCUGCAUUAACCAAUUUACAAGAUCGGGCACCCAGCAAACGAUCACCAAUGUGUAACCAACCAUCAAUUAACAAAGCAACUAUAACAGGUAAGAAGAAUUAA